AUGAAUCGCUUCCUUCGCCUCCUCUUCGUCUCUCUGGCUGCGUCCUCCGCAAUCGCCGCUCCAGCCCCCGAGCCAUCGGAGCUGGAGGUCCCCGGCAGAGAUAGCUUCCAUGACAGCCUCACCAGCCUCAGCGAAGCUUCGAUCCACAAAGCCCUGCAUCUCAUCGAGAAGUUCCGCCAUGGCGUCUUCCCUACCGACAGAGAUGCCAUUGCUGCUAUCCAGAAAGAGGGAAGGUCGCUGCCAGUCUUGAAUCUUCCUCGCGAGCUCGGAAGUAAUUCAUCCACCCCCGCUGUUGAACCCACCCCAACCACUGAAGAGCCAGCUCCCACGGAAGCUCCCUCGACCUCUGCUCAACCGUCUCCCACGGAGACCGCCAAGUCAACGACGACAACGACGAGUACCACCCAGCAACAACCCACCGCGACCGAGCCCAGCUCUACCACCACGACCACGUCCGAGUCUCAGACACCGGCGCCUCCGAAGACCACAUCGACUCAGAGUACUAGCACCGCUGAGACGACGACAUCGACGACGAGCUCGCAGAACACCCCCGCUCCAUCCCCAACGGCGGCCGAGCCCACUACGAGCACCACGUCCACCACGUCUACCACGUCCACCACGGAUAAGCAAACCACCAUGACGACUGCUUCUUCGACAACAACAGAGGCGCAGUCCACCACCAGCACCACCAGCACCACCUCCACAACCCGUACGCCCUACACCUCGACCUACAAGAGCACCACCACUCUCCCCAACGGCCAGCGGAGCACUGUCACGGCCGUGACUGUCGUCUAUCCCACCGAAGACGGCGGCAAGCAGGCUGCCACGACCACGGGACCGGCCCCCGGCUUGCAAACCGACUCGGGCUCGGGUGCAUCCACCACCGGCCUAACGAGGGAGCUGCUUCUCAUGGUUGGAGGCGCGGCUGCCGUGGCCAUGGCGCUGUAG